CUUACUCUCGCUCCUUUCCUACAUCACUAGUCCUGCCGCCGCUCAAUAUUAUACGCCCACUACUACAUGGGGUAGUGUAUCGACCUUUAUAGAAGCUCAAAGGUUUAUUAUCCAAGGCGGUAGCGAUGGCACGUACGCAAUUCCGCAGACCUUUGAAAUCGACCUCUCUAAAUCUUGGGAUACUUCCAAUGUACCCUACAGACACCUCGCGGAUGGCCCUCUGCAUAUAACCACUAUGCGGUACUAUUCAACGACAAGCAGAACUGGCUUAUAUUUGCAAAUACUACCGCAAUCCGAUACACGAUUUCACAUGAUACCUGGGGUACAAAUAUCCCAGGCACCUAUCUCUGGGGUAUAGGGGCUGCUAGAGAUCCAAACACGGGUUAUGCGUAUGUCCCAAAUGGACAUUUGUCAAAUGGGAUCGGCGAAAUGGUAGAAUACAACCUAGUUAAUGGUGAAGGCAAAUUAUUCCCUAUGCACCCUAAUCUGGAUCAAACUUUCUACUACUCUAUUGCUUGGAGCGAACAGGCGAGGAAGAUGAUUUUGUUUGGCGGACGCUUUCAAGGGAAAACUGCCAACAGUAACCUGUAUACCUGGGAUAGCCGCGAUGGUUGGAGUAGAAUUACACCCAACGGUCCUAUACCUCUCCACGUUAUGGCGCAUGCAUGGAUAGAAAACACAGCCCUGAGUGAUAUAUACAUCCUGGACAUAUCGAACAUGACAUGGACGAAGGGUGCAGAUGCUGGUACUCCAAGUGCGCGCGGCUAUGCUGCUUGUGCAGUAUCCAAUGAUCUAUUUAUUGCCUGGGGUGGUGGUGGUGGUGUGCAGAUCCAGUCAUACUUCCAACUUGACUGUCAUUUACAACAUCAAAAAGAAUGCCUGGCAUGGAGGAGGCAGUCCCGCUUUGGGCGCCAUCAUCGGUGGCGCUGUUGGGGGAUUGGCCAUUAUUGCACUCGUCAUUGGAUUCUUUGUAACAGAAAACGGCAACAAGCGAAGAAGGCCAAGGCUCCGGUAUCUACAUCCACACCUCAACAUCCAACCAAUGGUGAAAUGACUGUGGCCGCAACAGGAGCAGGAGCUGCAGAGGAAGCCGCAUCAGUAGAUCCUGGAAAAGUAGCACAGUACGCUACAUGGCAGUACCAGCAUCCCCAACCCCAAUCUCAACCUCAACCUACCGUCUACUCCCAGGCACCAUAUGCACUAUAUCAGCCACCUGUUAUUCAUGACUACCAGCAGCCGUCGCAGAUUCAACCACAAAUCUUCCAGCCCCAAUCAACACCGAGUCAACAACAUCAACAAGCUUAUGAGAACGCAUAUCAACAGCAAAACACCUAUGUCCCUCCUUCUUCAGGCACUGCACCUGUGUACAGCCCUCAACCAGAGGCGUAUCAGCAGCCUACAAUCUACCAGCCUGCAGGUGGUCCAGUCACGAAUAUCUCGCCGUUGUUUGAGCAUCACCAUCAGCAAAAGUCUGAAACACCCACGAUAGUACCUAGUCAGUCUCUACACAGUCCCCAGCUCAUGGCUGUAUCAGACAGUUAUGUAGAUGGUGGUAGCCCCCGUCGGAGUCCUCAAGGCAUGUAACGAAGGCCACGGCAAGGGCCGUCUUUAGGCGGCAGAGGCAAAGAAGCAUAUAUGGUUUUUCUCGUGUAUAAAGAAUCCUGCAAAUCUACUAAAUGUCUACAAUGUCUUUACAUAAUUA